AUGAGAACGUCCCUCUUUUACGCCCUCAACGGGGCCCUCGGGGUGGUCGCCCACGAGUCGCUUGCCCAUUUCAAGAUUGAAUCCGGUAAAGAAGAGCAUCGCUCUCUUGAAGGAUGCUCAAAGGAUGGCAAGUACAAGUGGGUUCCCGACCCUGCGACAUUUGUCUUUCCUGAGAACGACUACAAGCCCGGCAACUCCUGGGACCUCUGUGUCGGCACAUCUCAUUGCGCCCCCCACGAGGCCUUGACUCAGGUUUCCUUCGAUUUCAAGGACAACGGCAUCGUCUUCAACUUCAAGCAUAUCGACCACUACAAGUACGAAGAUGUAGCCGUCUACAUCGAGCGUGGUCAGCCUCCCACAGAGGACUCUUUCAAGUACAACAAGAAGAGCGACCACUGCAAGGCCAAGAACGACUACAAGGAGGCCAAGUGCUUGGUUCCCUUCUUCUCCCUUUCGGAUGGCGGCUCUUACGGCGAUCUCUGUCCCCUCGAGGACAACGGAGGCUGGAGACUUUACAUCAAGGUCAAGGCCACCGUUUCCCACGGGAACAAGAAAUACGAGCUCUACAGCCGCUCUCCCGAUAUCAACGAGAAGUACUUCGUUGUCAGCUACACCUGCGCUGAGUGCAAGGAGUACAAGCACAAGAAGAUCGAGUUGAUUGAGGAGAAGGAAGAAGCAGAGGCCGAAGCCGAAGAAUCUGAAGAAGAAAAGGAGUACAAGAAGAAGAAGGAAGAGGCUGAGGAAGAGGCCGAGGAGGCAAAGAAGAAGUACAAGAAGAAGAAGGAGGAGGAAGAAGCUGAGGCUGAGGCUGAAGAAGAAAAAGAGAAGAAGAAGAAGAAGAAGGAAGAGGAGGAAGCCGAGGCUGAGGCUGAGGAACAGGAAAAGAAGAAGAAAUACAAGAAGGAGGAAGAGGAGGAGGCUGAAGCCGAAGAGGAGGAAGAGAAGUACUACCCCCGCUUUAUCCUUUCAUUUCCCCAGUACUCAUACAGCUGCAGGCACAAGGAGCAUCACCAUGAGCAUUACCAUAAGCAUCACCAUAACCAUGGUCACAACCAUGCUCAUCGUCAUGGACACAGACACGGUCACCUCCACGGUCAUCUUCACAAGGAGCAUCACCAUCAUGAUCACCGCCAUAAGAACCAUCAUCAUGACCCUCAUCAUAAGCAUCAUGCCCGUUCUUAUGAUCAUCAUGACCACCAUAAGCACCACGAUCCUGGACAUUACCAUCAUGACCACCACGAUGGUCACAGGCAUCACGAUCCCGGUCAUCACCACGGUCAUCACGGUCACCACGAUGGCCAUGAUCACUACAAGCUCCAUCACUACUAUGAUCCCAACAGCCACCGCGACUUCAAUGCUUUCUUGGACGACUACUUUAAGCACUUCGGUUAUCACUACCACCACGCUGAUCCCGGUCAUCACCAUGGGCAUCACGGUCAUCAUGACGCUCAUCAUCAUGGUCACCACGAUGGUCACCACCACCGUGAUCCUUACAAGCAUCUCUAUGGCGAGCAUCAUGAUGGAAACCACCAUUAUGAGCACCACGAUGGAAAGCAUCACCACAAUGAGCAUCACAAGCAUCAUCAUGUUGAGCACCACAACCAUCACCACGGUCACAACGAGCACCACAACCAUCAUCACGGUCACAAGCAUCACCACGGUGAGCACCAUGAUGGAUAUAACCACCACCAUGCUCGCGGCUUGCUCGAGGAAAACAGAGAGAAGCACCAUGGACAUAAGCACCACCACGGACAUCAUCAUGGACACAACCACAGCCACGCUCAUGACCAUGUUCACAAGCACCGUCAUAAGCACUUUGACGACCAUGUCCACUACAAUGAGCACCAUGUUUACUACGACUAUAAGGACGAUGGCCACCACGACGGUCGCCACCAUGGGUAUGAUCAUCACGAUCCUCAAAAGCACCAUUAUGAUCAUCAUGAUGGCCACCACGGUCACCACGGUCAUCACCACCAUGAUCCUCAUAAGCAUCACUACAGCCAUGAGUACGACUACGGCCACUACAAGCGAUCUGAGCACAAGGAUCCAGUUACCAUCUACUACAAGGAAAAGUCCGAUCACUCUCGCACUCACAUUGAUGCUUCCAAGAAGGAAAAGGCAUCCAAGAGUGAGCUCGAGGCCGAGAAGCACAAGAAGCUUUUGGAAGAGGCCAGCAAGGACGAGUACAAGCACAAGCACAAGGGCGAUCCUGAGCACAAGUAUCACUCCGAAGAGGAUAAGUACAAGCAUGAGAAAGAGCACGGGCACAAGUACAAGUACGGACCCAAGUAUGAGCACGAGCAUGAGCAUGAUAAGAGGUCUGCUUCCGAGCAUGGUGAUUACAAGUCCAAGGAGGAGGUCAAAGAGGUUCUGAAGGGACACUUCCAAGAGGCCCUCAACAAGUUCUACCAUGCUUACUUUGCAAAUAAGGAGCACAAGCACUAUGAGCACGAGAAGCCUGAGGAGAAGUACGACUCUGGUCACUACAAGCACAAGGAGUAUAAGCAUGAGGAACCUGAAAAGGAACACCACUCUGGUCACCAUGAGCACAAGGAGUACGAACCUAAGCACUACGAGCAUAAGGAGCAUGAGCCUAAGGAAGAGCACAAGGAGCACCACUACAAGCACCCAAAGGAACAUGAGCAUGAGCACGAGCAUGAGCCCAAGAAGUAUCAUCAUGAUGAGAAUGAGGAACAUGAAGAACAUGAGGACAAGCCUGAAAAGAAGCAUCACUACGACCAUGAGCAGAAGGAGCAUGAACACGAGCCCACCACCGAGUUCGAGAAGUCCUCUCACUAUUCCACCAAGAAGGCGAGCUUGGAGAGUGAGAAGGAAAAGGCCAAGCACGAGGCUUUGGAGAAGCUUUGGGAUGCCCGCAUCACCCAUGAGCGCAAGUUCAAAGAGAAGCUUUUCUUCCUUGAAGUCGGCCACUGGGGUAAGAAGGGCGCCCACAAGCGCUCUCUUGAGUCCAAGCCUAGCGAGGCUACUGAGAUUGAAGUCAACAGUGCCAAGGUCGAAGAGUACAUUGAGGAAGCUGAGGACGAAAUCUUGGGGAAAAUCGAGAAGGCCAUCCGCACAGCUAUUAAGAAGACCGGGCCGAACCCUAGCAUUGAAGCUAUCGUCGAGUUCCUCCAAAAGGUUGAGGAGGUCAUCGAGAAAGCCAUCGCAAAGAACUUCCACAAGAUCGUCCGCCGCAUCGUCAAGAUUGAAGGUGUUGCAGAGCCUGAUGAAGAUCUCAUUUAUGAUACCCUUACUAUUGCUAUCCAGGAUAUCGUCAAGGUUGCCGACAAGAUCUUCGUCAAGGCCAUCAAGGAUCUGGGCGAUAGCCCUUCAGAUGAGGAGGUCGAACACGCCAUCAAGACGGUUCUGAAGCUUCUCGAUGAGGUCAUCGACAAAGAAGUCCGCAAGGCCCUCAUAAUCAUCUUCAAGUUGGAGGAGGAGACCGCUGAGACUACUGAAUCCACCGAGCAUGGUAAGCACGAUAAGCGCUCCGAUCCCUAUGACGACACCACGGUCGAGAAGGCUGUUGAGAAGACCGUUGAGAAAUGGGCUGCUAAGUACGUCGAGGAAGAUGAGAAGAAGCACAAGCCCCUGAAGCGCUCCGUGAGAUUCGCCCGACUCUACAACUGA